AUGAAGUGCUGGAUUUACCCCGGAGACGCUGAGAAAAGGGAGAGAGGCUCGCAAAACCUGGUCCUGACCCAGCAGACACUACACUGGCCGCUGUGGGAAGUGGUAUGGAGGGAUGCGGCCGCUGUGGACUCAACGACUCCUCUAGAGGUGGGUUGUGUUACCGGCCCCUGGGGGAAGCAGCAGGAGCUGGAGGCCGUCAAGAGCACAGGCCUGAGCUGGGACAACUCCUCCGCUCUGCAGAGUCAGCCAGGGAAAGACCUGAACUUGGAAUGA